AAGAAAGCAUCAAUUUAUCCUUAGAAUUUAACUCGAUAAAUAAAACUAUCUAUUAGACACAAUUGCAAGUGCAUUUCUAGUACCUUCCGAGAUCUAUAUUCUUGCAAUGGAUAAAUCACAAUAUUUCUCUGCUCAGUAGAAAUGGUGGUCUACGGUCGAAAUCACUCCUCACUUGCCGUGAAUCCUAAUAAAUAAGGAAUCGCAGUCUGGUUUGUUGGGUAUUCCAGGGUAUUAACGGCGGUAGGAAACGUUGGAUAAUUUGCAUAACGGGCGAAUAAAUUAUUCCACGUUCCCAAACUGUCGUUAAUGUCCCUGGCAUACCCAAAAAGCCAGACAGUGAUUCCUCAUAUUUACAUUUAUUAUGUGAAAUAAAAAUAUAAAUAAACAAAAAAAAAAUACUAAUAUAGAUCUGAAAUACACGAGGCAUUCCAUAUUUAUUGUCAUAGUCCCCGCCCACUGACAUCAUACACAAUGACAUGCAUGCAGCCGCGGGAAAAAUUAAAAUGCAUAUUUAUUCAUGCAUUUGACCUUUCACUUGGCGAAAUUUGCAUACAGUUGUAAUUAUUGAAUACAAUGUAACUAACCUCUCAAAGACUUUCAAAGAGUUAUCACACAGAAAACAGUUGGAAAUGUAAAUAUUCACAUAUCAACAUACACUAAAUCCAUAAUUAUAGUAUCGCAGCUCUUUGAUUGGCUCAAAGUAGAUCAUACAGGUAUUAAAAAAAAGAAUAUCCAUUAGAUGUUGCUAAAACGAAAAAAAAAGCAUUAGAACAAUUGUGACAAUAGUGAUGACAUCACAACGAUAGUUGAUAUCGACUCGUGUUUCCAUUAAAAAUCAUACUUCAACUUCUAUGUGUUCAUGUGACCACUGUAAUUUCAUAAUGGAUAUUACGAAACAUUGCCUUGAAUGUGAAUUGCUUAUAAUGGUAGCAUAGAUGCUUUGUAUGUUUUGGGGAAAAUGAUCAAAUAUGAUAAAACAAAUAUAGCCUAUUGAUUCGAUAAAAUACUUCUAUAUAUCAACCUCAGGGUGAAAAAUUCGCACUUUCUGCUCGGUAGAUCUGCUUUCUCUGAGGUUGAUAUAUCUAGGGAUUGAACUUAUCAAAAGGCUCCCUUUGUUAUCAACUGUAUAUUCUUAUGUUUCCGGAUGUUUUAUGUAAGUUGGCUUACUCCUUCACAUUGGAUUUUCCCGGGGCUUACGCACCAGGUGACACCUAUAAUACAUCAUGCUAUGUUGAAGCAUCUGGUAAUCACAGUUUGUCUGAUCUGGAUGUUAAUCUGAGUUUUGGCAAUAUUACUUAUUGUCACAACAGCCAAGUGGUACCGGUGGGUAGAAAUCAUAGUUGUGCCAAAGCUACAGUACAGAACAGGACUACUUAUUAUUUCACGCUUCCAGACCUCAGCAUUGCUGACAGUGGCACAUACUCUUGCAAAAUAACACACAAGACAGAGGGACACAAAUUGACUAUCAGCCAGAAUAUAAUCGUUAUUAACCCGUCGACUAGUAUGACAACUCAAAGUCUGCAAGUGACAACACAAGAUGGCACUGGAGGAUCCACACCAAUUCAUACCCAAGCCUUCUCAACCCUUCUACUUGUGUUGGUAGUUGUAAAAUGUUAUGCUGAUAAAUAAAUAUAAUUUUUUUCAUCAUUCAAGAUGAAAUCUAUAUAACAUGCAAAAUAAAUCAAAAACAUUUGAAGAAUCUGAAAUUAUAUUAGACUGACUGAUGAAUAAGAAAAAUGUUGUUAAUACUGUCAAAAUUUCCAUAAGAGAUUGAAAAACUUUUUUUUAAUUCUACUUUAAGAAAUUCUACUGAUCUGUGUAAACAGUUAAAUGCAAUGAUACACUUGACUGUUUCAAAACACUUGAGUAACCAGGACACAUGUGCCGAAAAUACAGAAAUACAGGGAUUUUUUUUACAUGUGUUUUUUUUUCUUUAGAACAACACGAUUGGAUACUGUGAAUUAAAUCUUAUACCUCAAAUUUUUAGCUGAGAUAUCUCCAUUUAUGAUCCUCAAAAAUGUUUUCAACGUUCCCUUUAUUUUUUGUGAGUAAAUCGUCUUGUGACGAGCUAUUCAUAUAUUGUUGUAAACACUUAAGCCCCUAUGAUAAAUACAAGAAUAUGUAUACUUAUUUCAAACAUAAAAAAUGUUUUUACUUAUUCUUAAACAUGGUAUUUCUGUUUGGAAACGGAAGGAAUGCGCCUUUUUAAACAAAUGUGUAUAGAUGUUUAUGUUUAAAUGUUCAUAACAAUGUAACGUAAUUUGUGAAGUUCAAAGCAUGUUUGUUUAUCUUUGGCUUUUGUAUUGCAUUAAAAUAAAGUAAUCGCAAUAAUAAAUGAUAAACAUGA